AUGAAGAAGCUCCAGGGAGCUCACCAACGCAAGCCCAUUACCCCAGACCUGCUGAUGACCCCCAGUGACCAGGGUGAUGUAGACCUGGACGUGGAUUUCGCCGCGGACCGGGGCAACUGGACCGGCAAGCUGGACUUCCUGUUGUCCUGCAUUGGCUACUGUGUGGGCCUGGGCAAUGUCUGGCGUUUCCCCUACCGCGCCUACACCAACGGAGGAGGUGCCUUCCUCGUGCCCUACUUCCUCAUGCUGGCCAUCUGUGGCAUCCCCCUCUUCUUCCUUGAGCUCUCUCUGGGCCAGUUCUCCAGCCUGGGACCCCUGGCCGUCUGGAAAAUCAGCCCCCUCUUCAAAGGUGCCGGCGCGGCCAUGCUGCUCAUCGUAGGCCUGGUGGCCAUCUACUACAACAUGAUCAUCGCCUACGUGCUCUUCUACCUCUUCGCCUCCCUCACCAGCCACCUGCCCUGGGAGCACUGUGGCAACUGGUGGAACACGGACCUCUGCCUCGAGCACAGAGGCUCCAAGGACGGCAACGGGGCCCUGCCCCUCAACCUCACGGGCACCGUCAGCCCCAGCGAGGAAUACUGGAGCCGCUACGUCCUCCAUAUCCAAGGCAGCCAGGGCAUUGGCAGUCCUGGGGAGAUCCGCUGGAACCUCUGCCUCUGUCUGCUGCUGGCCUGGGUCAUCGUGUUCCUCUGUAUCCUCAAGGGGGUCAAGUCCUCCGGCAAGGUGGUGUAUUUCACGGCCACGUUCCCCUACCUCAUUCUGCUCAUGCUGCUGGUCCGAGGAGUCACCCUCCCAGGGGCGUGGAAGGGCAUCCAAUUCUAUCUCACCCCCCAGUUCCACCACCUGCUGUCUUCCAAGGUGUGGAUCGAAGCUGCUCUUCAGAUCUUCUACUCCCUGGGUGUGGGCUUCGGGGGUCUCCUCACCUUCGCCUCCUAUAACACGUUUCACCAGAACAUCUACAGAGACACCUUCAUUGUCACUCUGGGCAAUGCCAUCACCAGCAUCCUGGCUGGCUUCGCCAUCUUCUCUGUGCUGGGCUACAUGUCUCAGGAGCUGGGUGUGCCUGUGGACCAAGUAGCCAAAGCAGGCCCUGGCCUGGCCUUUGUCGUCUACCCACAGGCCAUGACCAUGCUGCCUCUGUCGCCCUUCUGGUCCUUCCUUUUCUUCUUUAUGCUCCUGACUCUGGGCUUGGAUAGUCAGUUUGCCUUCCUGGAGACCAUUGUGACAGCUGUGACAGAUGAGUUCCCGUACUACCUGCGGCCCAAGAAGGUUGUGUUCUCGGGGCUCAUCUGCGUGGCCAUGUACCUGAUGGGGUUGGUCCUCACCACCGAUGGAGGCAUGUACUGGCUGGUGCUUCUGGAUGACUACAGCGCCAGCUUCGGGCUCAUGGUGGUGGUGAUCACCACAUGCCUGGCCGUCACCCGGGUGUAUGGCAUCCAGAGGUUCUGCCGGGAUAUCCACAUGAUGCUGGGCUUCAAGCCGGGCCUCUACUUCAGGGCCUGCUGGCUGUUCCUGUCCCCGGCCACGCUCCUGGCCCUGUUGGUGUACAGCAUCGUCAAGUACCAGCCCUCGGAGUACGGCAGCUACCGGUUCCCAGCCUGGGCGGAGCUGCUGGGCAUCCUGAUGGGUCUGCUGUCCUGCCUCAUGAUCCCAGCCGGCAUGCUGGUGGCCGUGCUUCGGGAGGAGGGAUCGCUCUGGGAGAGGCUCCAGCAGGCCAGCCGACCAGCCAUGGACUGGGGCCCAUCGCUGGAGGAGAACCGGACUGGCAUGUAUGUGGCCACGCUAGCGGGGAGCCAGUCACCAAAGCCACUGAUGGUGCACAUGCGCAAAUACGGGGGCAUCACCAGUUUUGAGAACACGGCCAUCGAGGUGGACCGCGAGAUCGCCGAAGAGGAAUCUAUGAUGUGAGACAGGAGGCUGGUGGCCUGGAGGUCCUGCCCAGCUGCGGAGGGGUAGCCCUGCCCUGUGGGGUCCCGAGAGGCCCAAGGCCGUGGGCGGUCGCCACAGUGAUGCCGGUCCCCAGGGCUAGUCCUUUCUCGUGGCCUCUGCCUCUCCUCUGCCUCCUUUCUCCCCACACGCACACAGACCCGCUCAAAGCUCAGUCCUCGUUGUGCAGAUGGAUAAACUGAGGCCAGGGAGGAGGGACCUGACCAAGGUCACUUGGCGGAGGGCGCUGGACCCCAGACCUCCUGGCCAACCAGUUCCCUUUCUUACGUGGCAGCUGGCGUCAUUCUCUCCUCUGUUCAGGGCCCAGACUCCUCUCUUUUCUAGGGGAGCCUGCCCCCCAUAUACUUCAAACAGCCAGAAUCUUGAGCUGGGCAGGGAAGCUCAGGGUGUGGCAAGGCCCACAAGGCCCCAGGCCUCGAGGCUUAGCAAGUGAAGGGGGACAAAAACCCCAUGUGCUCCUGUGCCUAGGCCAAGUUUCCUGGAAGAGGCGGGGUCUGAGGGCCCUGGAGGAUGGGCAAGUUGGGAGGGAGAGAGGAAGAGGAGGGCAGGGUGUGGAGGCCCCCAUGUAUCCCUUA